AUGCAGCUCCCCCUCCUCCCCCUCCUCCUGGUGGCGCUGACAGCCACAUCCUCCAUCACCCCCAAGCCCCCCCUGCUCCAGGGCACCGCGCGCGGCUCUUCUUCCCCCACGAAGCGCCGCCGCCCGCCUCCCGUCCCCCCGAGGCCCCGCAAGCUCAGGGCCCCCAAGCGCGGCGCCUCCGCCCCGCCCCGCACACCCGCACGGCCACGGGCCUCCAAGGGCCGCGCCUCCAAGGGCCCCGUCCCCGCAAAGGCCACCGCGUCAACGGGAAAUCCCGCCCGUAGCGGCACUAGAAAAGGCGGUGACGGCGGCGGCCGCGCGGGGAAUCCUGCGCAUGCCUGCCCGGUGCGUACCCGCGAGGCACAGGAGGCUCUGGAUCAAUGGGCCGUUCUGUUGAGCGUGAUGGGCGCGGACGGGGGCCGCGGACGUGUCAGGCAGGGGGGUGGCGGAUAUGAUGGGGGGCGGGGGUGGGGUGGGUGGUGUGGUGUGGAGUCCGUGGUGUACGUACAUGUCGCGACGUAUAUAUGCGUAUGGGCAUCGGUCUGGGAUAGAGGAACUUGGAGCGUGAUUGUGCCUACAUCCGUAUAUACGUGUGGAACGACCGUGAUGAAGCCCUCGGGGGACGAACGGUUCGCAAUGAUGGUGUGA